AUGCCAGACGAAUCUCGCGAGCCUCUUCCCCGGCAAGACAACUCGACAACAGAGGUCCCCGGCGCCGAAAUCCCCACCACGCCCGCCCUCUUCACCCCCGAGGAGAUCGCCGCCGCGCCGCAUCCCAACUUCGCCCCCAGGCUCAUCUCCUCCAUGUGGACCCUCAUCGGCCUCUCGGCCGCGUUUCUCGCCCUCCGCCUCUACUGCAAAUUCUCCCGCCACCGCGGAACGUGGUGGGAUGACUACCUCCUCAUCGGCGCCUGGCUGUGCAUCACCGCCGAGUCCAGCUGCCUCACCUACGCCACCACCCUCGGCUACGGAAAGUACUGGUACGACUGGUCGCCCAUCUACGAGGAAGUCGUCACCAUGGUCAAGCUCAUCAACGCCGGCGGCUCCCUCUCCCUCACCGCCGCCAUCUGGUCCAAGACGAGUUUCGCCCUCACCCUGCUCCGCCUCACCGAGGGCCGCAUGAAGUGGGUAAUUUGGUUCAUCAUCAUCUCCAUGAACAUCGCCAUGGGCCUCAGCGCCCUCUUCGUCUGGGUCCAGUGCACGCCUCUCCCCAGGAUCUGGGAUCCCACCGUGCCCGGAAAGUGCUGGGACCCCCAUGUGCUCCCCAACUACAACAUUUUCUCAGCUUACCACCAAGAUCCCCGCCAUGGCCUCCCCGAUCCCGGCCCGGGUGUCGACCUCUUCAUCUGGGGUAACGCCGAGUCCUGCGUCACCAUCAUCGCCGCCUGCAUCCCCAUUCUCCGCGUCCUCGUCCGCGACGUCAAGUCCUCCGCCGGACGCUACUACGUCUCCCACCGCACCGGCAACAUGCCCGGUACCUCGGCCGUCCAGUCCAAGGCCCGCGACCACAACACCCGCGAGCUCACCCGCGAGUCCAACGGCAAGAUCAUGCAGACCAAGGAGAUCGCCAUCGAAUACCAGAGCGCCGACAACUGGACAGAGGAGCACGAGCUCGACGACAUGCAGCGCCGUCCUCGCUCGUGA